AUGGCUUGGCUUCAAUCGACCCCAGGCUCUGGUAGGCGCGCCGCGUCUCCAACAGUCUUCGAGCAGCAGCGCGAGGAACUUGUCAGAGAGAUUGCAGUGGGCAUGGAACAGGUGCUUCAAAACAUGAACCGUCUGAAUCGAAAUCUGGAGAGUGUCAUCGCGGUGGGUAAUGAGUUCGGUUCUGUGGAAGCCCUCUGGUCCCAAUUUGAGAACUUUAUGGGUCGAGCCGAGGAAGAAAGUGAGGAAAACAGGAAUGUGAAAAGGAAGGUUAGCGAAGAGAGUGAUGCGCCGAUCAAAUUGGAAGCACAGCAUGAGGACGAGGGUGACUCGACAGUCAUGCAGUGA